GGGAUUUGUUUAGGUCAAAACUUUCGAAAUGAUAGAAAGAAAACCGAAUAUGCUUGUUUACCACACACGGGGGUGGGUCAGCAUUUGUUUGUUAGCAGCCAUUCUUUUUGUUAAUCACGUUUUCAGUCUUCCCUGGUACUUUGAACAACUACGUUUCUCGCGAAUUUUUUGCAUUGAAAUGUCGGUCAUAAACAGCCCACCCUUUCACCCCAUGCAACAAAAGACUACGACUGACCAGCGUAAAUUUACAGGCAAAGAGAUAAAGUCGCAGGAUUCCAACGGCAACUACUGCUCAUUCUUCAUUGAUGAGACACCUGAAAUCGAAAAACACAAAAGUGCCAUCCAACAGCUGCGAAAUGCCGUUAGUGAUUGCAAGUUGCAUGAUUCUCGGGAUGUAUAUAUCCUUAAAUGGCUGUUCGUUUUCGGAUUCGAUGUGACUCGGGCCGAGAAGAUGCUGAGGCAUACUUUGGAAUGGCGGCGAAUUAAUGAAGUUGACGAUAUUUUGGAAACGCACUUUCCUAGGGAAGUUUUUAAAAAGUACUUCCCUUUCGGACAAAUCGGAGUAGACAAGUUUGGUUGCCCCCUUUUUGUGCACGCCUUCGGUAGAUUUGAUUUUUCAGGACUAAUGUUAAGUAGUACAAAAAAGGAACUUUCAGAUUAUUCUUUGUGGAUGUUGGAAAGUUAUGUCCGCGCGACUAAAAUAGAAACGGAACGAACGGGUAGCCAAAUCACAAGGUCGACGUAUAUUUUUGACUAUGAAUGUACGACUCUGAAGCAGUUGGCCAAAAAAAGCUUGCUGGAUCACUUCCUCGAAAACUGCAGGCUCAUGUUUACCCACUAUCCGGACAGUUCUCGUCGAUUGUUCAUCAUUAAUGCACCGUCAUAUUUUUCAAUAGCCGUCACCAUGGCAAAGCCCUUUCUACACGAAAGCGACGUCCCCAAAAUUAAAAUAUUCGGUACUAAUAAGAAUGAAUGGUUGCCCGCUCUGCUAGAAGAAAUUGACGCUGAUCAACUUCCUGCCCAUUACGGUGGCACAAUGACCGAUCCCGAUGGCGAUCCAACAUGCCCCAGCAAGCUUAAUAUGGGAGGUAAAGUCCCCGAGUCCUAUUAUUUGAGCAACAACACACCUGUUCCCAAAGAUUACAUGACAACGAUGAACAUCACGGCUGGUGGCAAAAAGAAACUCAGAUUCGAAAUUAACAGUGCUGGCUCAACAAUCAGAUGGGAGUUUAUGACCGAAGGAGGAGACGUGGGAUUCCGAAUCUAUAAAAAAGAUUCCAAAGAUAAAGACGAUUUGAUUCCAAACGAGCGAGUUGACAGUCAUCUCAUUAUGGAGGAAGGUCAAAUAGAAUGCCGUCAACCUGGAAACUAUGUUUUCGAAUUUGACAAUUCUUUCAGUUAUCUACGGGGGAAGAAAAUUCUCUACCACGUAAUUGUCGACCCACCCUCAUUAUAAAUGCUUUAUGAAAAACAAAAUGUACAGAGAAAUCUAA